GCGCGGACACUUCCGGGGCUGUCAGUGGAAGGAUUGUGGCGGACAUGGCAGAGAAUACUUGCGAAUUAAACGGCCCCGGGGCCUCGGUGUGCAGGCGGUGCGCGGCCACGGGGGAGAAGGGCAUGGUGUCCAAAUGGGUCCGGCUCAAUGUCGGAGGGACGUGCUUCCUGACCACCAGGCAAACGCUGUGCAGGGACCCCAAAUCCUUCCUGUACCGCCUGUGCCAGGCAGACCCCGACCUGGACUCGGACAAGGAUGAAACAGGUGCCUAUUUAAUAGACAGAGACUCCACGUACUUUGGUCCGGUGUUGAACUACCUGAGACAUGGCAAGCUGGUGAUAAACCGAGACCUAGCAGAAGAAGGUGUUCUGGAGGAAGCCGAGUUCUAUAACAUCACUUCCCUAAUUAAACUUGUAAAGGACAGAAUAAGAGAGAGAGACAGCAAAACAUUACAGAUCCCCGUUAAACAUGUUUACAGAGUGUUGCAGUGCCAGGAGGAAGAACUUACACAGAUGGUCUCCACGAUGUCUGACGGCUGGAAGUUUGAACAGUUUGUCAGUAUAGGUUCCAUGUAUGGAUUUGGGCGGGCUCAUCAAUCAGAAUUUCUGCUCAUUGUGUCAAGGGAAGUGAAAGGGGAGGAAACGAGCCGUCAGAAGUGCAGCGGCGAGCUGGUCAGUAUCGGGUCGUCCUACAACUACGGAAACGAAGAUCAAGCAGAGUUCUUGUGUGUCGUCUCCAAAGAGUUGCACAAUACGCAGUACGGCACAACUAGUGAACCCAGCGAGAAAGCAAAGAUUUUGCAAGAAAGAGGCUCGAGAAUGUGAAGUGCCCCGAAAGCUGAAUUUUGGUUUUAACCGUUUUAUUUGACGCACCCAAUGACAAGAUGCAAAGAAAUCUAACCUUUUUAUUUGUUCUCUGAGCCGCACCAAGACAAAACCUUUUUAGAUAAUGUAGUCGGGAGUAUGUUGGAACAAUUGGGUGCUGCGAGUAUAUGAAUGAGGGCAGUGAUGGGUAUCUUGUGGGGUUGGAGGUGUCACAACCUACACGUUCGUCCUCCUGCAGACCCCUAAUUUUGUUUUUUUUGUUUUUUUUUAAUUUUUUAUAAACUGCUUUAACACUAGUGGACUAUGUAAAAAGAAAUCAACUGACAGGCUAUACGUGGGACUGCGUUGCCCCUAACUGCAGUCCCAAGUGUGUUCUCUUUGGGACGUUAACAGGACCCACUCAUGAUUGUGGAGGUUUUCCCUCUUUAAACAUCAAUGAGUAACAGAUAAGCCGAUUGCCGUAAGAAACCAAUAGCCGUUUCCACGAGGGCUUAAUUUGUGGCCUCUGUUUAUCCACAAAGGGAAAAUAGAACCCGUACAACAUAUAUUCUGCACUCGUCCUUUGUUUUAAUGUUUAUGCUGAGCUUCAAUCCUGCCCAAAUAUCUGGAGGUUUCAUUUUUUUUUAUUUUUUUU